AUGAGUAAGCUUCAGGGUGAUGCUGUGAGAGAAGCCAUUACCCAGAUUACUUCUGAUUCUAAAGAGAAGAAGAGAAAAUUUACAGAGACUAUUGAGCUCCAGAUUGGGCUGAAAAACUAUGACCCACAGAAGGACAAGCGUUUCAGUGGUUCUGUUAAGUUGCCCCACAUUCCUCGGCCCAAAAUGAAGAUUUGCAUGCUUGGUGAUGCCCAGCAUGUGGAAGAGGCAGCAAAAAUUGGUCUGGAAUCCAUGGUUGUGGAGGCUCUCAAAAAGCUGAACAAGAAUAAGAAAUUGGUGAAGAAACUCGCCAAGAAGUAUCAUGCUUUCCUAGCCUCAGAAGCUGUUAUCAAGCAGAUCCCUCGUCUUUUGGGACCUGGUCUCAACAAAGCAGGCAAGUUCCCCACCCUCGUGACCCACCAAGAAUCUCUAGAGUCGAAGGUGAACGAGACCAAGGCCACUGUCAAGUUCCAGCUGAAGAAGGUUCUCUGCAUGGGAGUAGCUGUUGGCAACCUAGACAUGGAAGAGAAGCAAAUCUUUCAGAACGUGCAAAUGAGUGUCAACUUCUUGGUUUCUCUUCUAAAGAAGAACUGGCAGAAUGUGAGGUGCUUGUACUUGAAGAGCACCAUGGGAAAACCCCAGCGCAUCUUCUAA